AAAACUGUAACGGCAUAAGUAGGACAGUGGACUGUGAAUUAUUUGAAUGCGGACUUAUCUCUAUCUUUCUCAUUCAUAAUGCAAUUUUAAGAUAAUAUAAAGGCACGCAUAUCGGACUUGGUGUCAGAUCUAUAUUAUAUAUGUUAAAAGGAUAUGAACUACGUUAAACGUGACUGAAUAUACAUUCAAAACUGAAGUAAACAAUCACUCGGGCACAGAAUACGGACAGGACUAUAGAAGUAAGACCUUCUCGGGAACAAAGAACAGAUGCUACAGACAAAACACAUGAACAAAGAAAACGAAAGAUAAAACGAAAGAAAAUUGGCGAAGAUACUGAAUUCUAAACAAGUAACCAGUGCUGAAACAAAGUACUGCUCAGAGAAAAACAUAAUAACAAACAAUUAUAGUAAUAGAGAUCGCCCAAGGUUAGGAAGUCACUCGCAUCUAAAACGUUCGUGUUAACUGAAAGAGUAAAAUCUAUCAAGAUAUUUGUAAAAAUAUUACACCCACUAGGUAAGCAAAGGUCGAUAAGUGUUGUUCAACCAGUUACUCAAAUGCCAAAAGAAGUAACUUGCUAUCCAUUGACAGGUGCAUCCUAUUCAAAACCUUUGGUACCACAGGAGGAUAUAUCAAUCCCGACACAAGUGAGCGAAUGUCAGGGAUCAAACACAAAUGAAAUAGUUUUCUCUAAUGGCAGAUCUAUUAAGGUUGAACACGCUUCGAAUGGCAAUACACCAAGUGAACAAAACUCGUCGAUCGUUGGAGCUGGCUUUAUCGGUUACUCGAGACGCUUAUAUCAUCAUCAGACUCAAGAAGAAAACUAUGUUCAGUUUAAUUCUGACAGGCACAUUUUGCAAAGAAGACCACCGAGGCCCCCAAGACAUCCAGAGUAUAUAGAAUAUGAUCAAAGGCUGAAGUCGUUUGCCAGAUGGUGGAAGCAACAUCCAGAUCCGACGGCACUUUGUAACGCUGGCUUCUUUUUUACAAACGAGGCUGAUCUAGUCCGUUGCUAUCAGUGCGGUAUUGGUCUUAAGGAUUUCUCCUAUGGCGACAAUCCGUUGAACGAGCAUGUAAAACAUUCUGGUGGAUGUUCUUAUCUACAAGAAUACCUUGGCCAAGAACGGUUAGCAAAUAUCCAGAGUCAGAUACAGACGGAGGACCCAGAGCUGAAUUAUCAAAAGCCGUCAAAUACAUUGACCACUGAAUAUCGACAUCCAGAAUACCAGUCAUACCGUGUUAGACUUUCAUCAUUUACUCGAUGGCCACAGAGCUUGAUGCAGAGACCAGAGCAACUCGCAGAAGCAGGGCUAUACUAUACAGGUGUUGAAGAUACUGUGAGAUGCUUUACUUGCGAUGGAGGACUCCGGAAAUGGGAUCCUGAAGACGAUCCAUGGAUCGAACAUUGUCGGUGGUUUCCGGAAUGUCCGUUUGUCAAAAAACAGAAAGGAGAAGACUAUAUCGGUCUUGUGCAGGCCACUUCUGGAAUGGAUAUUCAAGAAAGACUAAGAAACAAAGACACGGCAACAAAUAAAACAACUUCCAAUGAUUUAACAAGUAACAUGGAACGUCUCACGUUUAAAGAUCCUGAACUGAAUUCUGUUAUUGAUGAACACAGAGAAACCUGUCUAGAAAUGGGAUAUACAGAGAAGGAUUUCAACAUUGCCGUGACGAAACUAGCAGAGAAUGGAAAUGUCAGACAAAUAUAG